UUGUGACGUCGACCGACGCCUCAACCUCACUUCCGGGAUCCAACAGUGACCAAGUUUGUCAACAAACCUCAGCUGGCUCGGCGUUAAUAUGGCCGAACUCAACAGGCAACUUCAAGAAUACCUGGCCCAGUCCAAAAAUGGCUCCAAGACCGUCUCCCAGUCCGGCUCCAGCACGGCCAUAGACAUGGACGAGACGGACUCGGUAUCCGGGAGCUGGUUCGGGAAGUGGUCGAGUCCCUUCCCGGGCGGUCGGGGGACCUCAGCGGGAGCCCAGAGCUCAGGCGGUGGGUUCUCCUGGCCCUGGUCCACGGAACCCGACCCUUGCUUGCCGGGGAUGAGUCGCAAACAGCGCAUUGUCGGUGCCGGCGUGUGCAUCUCCUUCUCGGCGCUGUGCUUCGGACUCUCGGCCCUGUACGCGCCGCUGCUGCUCCUCUACGCGCGGAAGUUCGCCCUCCUGUGGUCUCUCGGCUCGCUGUUCGCCAUCCUAGGGGCCGCCCUCCUGCGGGGACCCAGCAAGUUGUUCGGCUUCCCGACCCCCGGCGCGGCCGUGUACCUGUGCAGCCUUGGCGGCACGCUGUACGCCGCCCUCGGCCUCCACAGCACCGUGCUCACCGCCCUGGGCGCGGUGCUCCAGGUCGCGGUCCUCGCCGGGUACGUGGUGUCUCUGCUACCCGGCGGCAGCGCAGGCAUCCGCUUCUUGGGAGGCAUGGCGGCGUCUGCCAUUAAAAGGACCGUCACUGGGAAAACGAUGCCUAUUUGAGAGCUUGUUUUGUGGAUACAUGGACUGGACUUGAAGUGCCUGCGGCCCGGACUAGACGGGUACAGCGAGCUGCAGCCAGUGUUGCCAAAUUGGGCGGAAAAUCGGGCCCAAUCUGGCAACACUGCGUUCAGAAGGGUCCCUUCGUUGGGGGAACCCGAUGACCAACGCUACAGACCGACUGUUGAUUCCAUUUUGAAUACGUGAACUUGUUUAUUUUUGUCUCUCGGGUGUGAUUUUAACCAAUAAAACGUGAAUAGCCCCGAGCAAUCGUCUAAACACCACUUUCUCCUCACAGUAAUUCAAAGUUGUGGCCACUCAGGUGGUCUUGAGGGCCAUCUUAGUUAAGAUACCGCAAUAUUUACAGAACGACGGUUUUAGUACCGACAUCGCAUAAGUUACCGUCAAUUAUGCAUCAAGAGAUGGUUUAUAUAUUACAAGUUGCAGCAACAGAUGGUUAAUCGUUUUAGCAAUUCAUGGAAAGUUUUACUUUUUGUGUGAGCGGAUCAGAAUUUUUAAAGCCGGCUUUUUCCUGCUUUUAUUGCAAAAUGGAUCCCGUAGUCGCAAGGAGUGUGUUGUCCCUGAACAGGGACUGAUCAAACAGAAUUGGGCGUUCGCCCACAGCAAUGAUAACUUUCUCAUCCAUUUUUUAAAUCCCCCACUACCGGCCGGCUUUUUGACAUAUCCACGUGUUUUCCCGGGUUGUAUCACAAAGGCGAUAUCAUUUGACGGAGUCCAAGUAGCUUCACAGUCGUGUAUUUGCAUAACCUCGAUCUGAUUGGCCGAAGGAUCCGUCGCUGCCGGAUAAGAUAAUAAUUUCUGAACUUCUCACGCAGGCCACGGACUCAACAGAAGAACGGACGGACCGACAUGCAUUUUGUCCCAUGAUAAGGGCUUUUUAUGGUCCCACUGAAAUAAUUUUGAUAAACAGUUGUCAUGGUUACGUAACUCUGCCACGCCUCUGUUAAGAUUACAGGGGCACAAUCAACUGAUAUUUACAGUUGAUCAGCUGGUUAAUCACCGCUCCAAGUGCGGUUUGAACUGUCGUCUUUCGUUUUUUUUUUUACCAUCACUGAAGAACAUGAAAUACAGCGCUCGCCUCCGGCGUUGGAGCAACGAAUAUGUUUGAGCCAAUAUGUCGAGUUGUUUCUGGAGAUAAAUUAGUACAGUGUACAGAGUGAUCAUUUGCAUUUCACCUGUCAUUUUUUUGAUGAGCGUCUCGGUCUCGAGCGGAAGCGUGUGGCAGUGUCAUGGCAACCGAACGUCUCCGUCGACCCUGUCCACCACACUACAACGCAAACCCAGCGUUUUCACAUUUAUAUUUAUGCGUUUGUAGAUUUACGCGGGUUAGUGUGGACGAGACAUUAGUUGGAAGCAUGUCAGGGCCUUGGAUGGGAAGUUCAACCAUUUAACACAUUAAGGCCGAGUGAAAACUGCUCAGAAAAAUCCAAAUUCUUUGACAUAUAGUAACUUUUUAUUUUUUACAGUAACGCAAAUAGUUACUUUCCCUGGUAACUAGUUACUUUUAUUAUAGAGUAAUUCAGUUACUAACUCAGUUACUUUUUGGAACAAGUAGUGAGUAACUACAACUAAUUACUUUUUUAAAGUAACGUUCCCAACACUGAUGACCACGCAGACGCCUCAACGCAGUCGUGAACGUUUAUGGUUCUGCGUCGGGUUUUAGUUAGCGGAGCAAUCACAGCACACGAAAGGGUCCUUAACCUCCUUGCGUUGCUGGAACUUGGAACCAUAAAAAGCCCUGUAAUAUGACCUUAUUUAAUAGGUCCAUGAGUAUGACAGAUUUUUUUGGACAUUGUUCCACGUCUCCAUGAUGUCCCAUACACGCAUUUCCACUUACACGUGCUAAAGGGUAGCCUGGUCCUACCAGACUCUCCUACUUCAUUUCAUUUGCACAGAGUCUGGACCUACUCAAUUGAUAAACGUUAACUCACUUGAAGGUGGGUGUCUGUUGAAGUUUAAAACAAUUGCAUCUGCCCAGUGCCACACCUGGAUCUGCCAUAACCAAUCGCUAAAGUUUGGCCGGGAAUCACGUUGCGCAGGCUGUAAACAAACCAAACACUGUGCGUGAAGAUGUCCGCCAACGAGAGCUGACUUUAACAUCAGUUCUCAGCCACUCCCUGUUCGCUGAUUGGACG